CAGUACUUAAGAAGUUAUUUGAAGCGCUCGUUUCUGAUUGGGAGUUCCAUAAUCUGAACGAACGCCUCCACGGACGCGGACAACGAGGCUCGCCACGGAAAACGGGGCGGGGACUUCAACGCCUUCUCUUAAAACGCACUCAUUCAAACCGAAAAAAAACAUUAAAAAAAGAAAGAAAACCCUUUCUACAAACCACCAUCGCCGCCGUCUUAAAUUUCAAUAUAACAAAACGCUAUCCCGUCCGCGUAUUAACAAACAUUAUUCCGUUUCCUAUGCGAAAUUGGGCCUAAAUCGCCCCCGAAUAGGGUCGAAAAUCGCGCGCGCCCCGCACGUAACCUCAAAAACGACAACAUUUUUUUUUACUCGUAACAAACGAUGACGCUAAACCGCGCACCAAUCGCGUGCCCGGAAACCGUGUUACGACGUUUGCGAACCCCUAAACGGCCGCCGUGAUGUGAAAAACACCGUAGCGGAUUUUAAAUGGAAAUCGUCGAAAAUAUAAUGUGAGAAAAUGAGUUUUUCAUUUACGGUUGGGUUACAAUGAGUUUUGGCUCGUUCUUUCGAAGCGCCCCAAAAAUGGCCCUUUUCGAGUUCGGUUAACUCCUUUCCUUUAACGAGGGAUGUGUAGUGCGCGUUUGGACUAAAUAAAAACGAUUUUCGCGCCCACAAACACGAUGAGUGGUAUUCCGAAGGUGAAGAUGUGCAAGUCGCCGAAAGCCCCGCAAAAAUUGAUCGAGUACGAGUCUUUGAGUACCAAUUGUACCACCGUCGGCUCGAACAACCUCCACCUGGUCAAGAAGCCGCAGCAAAUCCAAAAUCAAAUGAUGGCGAUGUCUCCGGCUUAUUCGAACCCGAGCUAUCCGGCGUCCCCUUACAGCUCUCCGGCGGGGUUAAAAUCCCCCUCACCUUCGCUAGGGGGGAAACCACCGACUCCGCAACCUGCGAGCUUUCCGGUGAUGCAAAUUAUUCACAAUUUGAAUAAUCAUAAUCAAUUAUUGGCCCGACCGAUCACCGGGCAACAACAAAACGUCAUCAAAUUAAAGCCGCAUUUAAAUAUUUUACCGAAACCAAGUGCCAGCCCGCAACCUUCACCAAAACCGAGCGUCAGUCCCCAAAUAGUAAUUCCGAAUCAACCAACAACGAUAGUUCCAACUCAACCGCUUCUUUUAAAUCAAAUGCCAGUUUUAACGACUCCGGGGGUCCAAUUCAUUCUUCGCCCCCAAACGAAACUUCCCAACGUCCAAGCAGCAACCCCGCAAGGAUUAAUCCUCCAAAACCAACCAGUUCUACAAAUCCAACCGCCUCGUUCUCAACCAUUAGUGCGAGUCCUCACGAACGGGAUGCAAAUUGGAGCCCCCACGACCACGUACGUCACCCAAGUCAGCAAUAACAACACAAACACAAGCAACGGAACAUCGCAAAAUUGCCACCAAAUCACGCAAAAUCACGUUUCGAAGAAAAAAGUGAAUUUAUCGAAUAACAACAACAAAAAGAAGAAGCAAAAAUUGGAUUUGGCGAAUAUAAUGAAGUUGUCGGGGAUCGGAGACGAGGAUGACAUCCAAUUUGAAAGCGACACAUCGUUGAGUGAAAGUAGCGAUCACAACUCCAUUCAUUCUCAGCCGAAUACGCCUCAACCGCAAAAUUUAAUCUCCGAUUCGAAAAAGAUCCAAUUAACCGCCGUGCAACCCCCCACGACUCCUUUGGUGCAAGUUUUAAAUCAAACUUUUCCAAGUAACGUGAUUCCGACGUCGAAUCAAAACGCAACCGUUCCUUUUAAUCCGUUUAUUGCCCCGAAUUUUACGAUUAACAACGGGUUGAUGCUUCAACGAAGCACGGGGGGGUUUAAAUUGGCUUUGGGGGAAGACGGGAGGUUGAUUCUUCAACACGAUCCGACGCUCAAUCAAGAUUUGCAAUCGCAGUUGUUGUUGCAGAGUUUGUUUGGGUUGAAUCACCAAUUAGUUCUUCAACCGAGUUUGGAUCAGCAAGUUCAUUCUCAAACGGUUCAAACGAUCCAACAACAAAGCGUUCAAACGAUUCAACAACAAACGGUUCAAUCGCAAACGAUUCAAACGGUGCAACAACAAACCGUGCAACCGCAAAGUGUGCAACAUUCGUUGCAGACGAUCCAACAAACGAUUCAACCGCAGAUUCAAGCUGUUCAGCCGCAAACGGUGCAACAGACGGUCCAACAAACGAUUCAACAUCAAACUGUUAAUCAUCAUCAGCCCAUGCAGAUUGUGCAGCCGCAAAAUUUUCAUCAAAAUCAGUUGCAACAUUCGAUUCAGAAUCAAAUUCAAUCUCAGAUUCAAUCGAUUUUGCAGAAUCAAUUGAAUCAAAAUGCUAAUUUGAAUUUGCAGAAUUUGCCUCAAAAUUUACAACAAAAUUUGUCUCAAAAUUUAAACCAAAAUGUAUCACAAAAUUUAUCUCAGAAUUUGAGUCAAAAUUUAUCACAAAAUAAUCAUUCGAUUCAACACCAACCAUCAUCGCAACACCAAAUCCAAUCGAACUCGGUCCAAUCGCAAGGUAUUCAAACUUCAAUUCAUCAACCGACCGUUUCGUCGCAACAAAUCCAAACUCAACCGAUCCUAAAAGUCCAACCGUUUCAAAAAAGUCAACCCCCCGUACAAACGGUCCACCCGCAACCGAUUAACUCAACGACGAAUAACUCCACAACCAACGACCACCAACCAUCUCAUCAACAACAACAACAACAACAACCGACUUCGUACGUUGUGAAUUUAACCCCAGAUCAACUAGAACAAUUAAAGCGUUGCGGUCAAGUGACGGUGAAUGGACAGACGAUUUUUAUGCAACGGAGUUCGACGGGGAGUAAAUCGAACGUUGAUAACCAACAGUUUAGUGGUGGUGGUGGUGGCGGUAACGAGCAUGGUGGGAAUAAUGUUGUUAAAGGGCAGGUGAAGUUGUCGCCGAAAAGUAAGCCGAUUAAAAAGGUGCAGAGUAAAGGUGGUGGUGGGAAAUUGAUGGGGAGUCAAAAUGCGGAGAUUAAUAAGGAGAAGGGGAAUCAUCAGGUGAAGGAUCUUAUUAAGAGUGGAGGGGUGCAGACUUCGCCUCCAGUUGUUAAGAAUGUUGCCGUUCAAAAUCAUACGAUUCAGGUGCAACCCCAACAGCAGCAACAACAACAACAAAUUCAAAUAAUCCAAAAACAACCCGCCGCUUUAGUUCAACCCAGCGUCGUGCAACCCCAAAGCAUCGCCCCGAUUCAAAAUAGUUCCGUUCAAGCGCAAAAACCGAUAAAGAAUCAACAAAAAAUCCAAACCAAUCCAAAUUUAAGCAAUAAUCUUAACUUAAAUAGCGAUAAUAACGCGGGAAAUAAUAAUAACAAUGAAGUUGAUCAUCUUUUGGGGCAAAUAAUCGAAGAAUCGACGAAUAAUAACACAGCCCCUCCUCCAGUUGCGACGUCUCAAACUAUCACGAUUCCUUUACCUCCGCCUCCACCCCAAAAUCAAAUCGUUCGGCAGAGACCCCCUCAGCGGGUUCAUACGAUUCAAUUAACCCCGCAAAAACAACAACAUUUAAAAAGUAUUCAGCUACAAAUUCAAACUUUAAGCGCAAGAUUGACUCCGGGGGAUACGGAGAUGCACAACGCGCUUAACGUGUUGUUUCAGGAGCAACAAAAAAUUUUGGCCACAGGGAAAUUAUUACCACCGGAUAAGGUUUAUUACCAUAAUAAUCAGUUAACGAUUGUUAACCCGCAACCUUUACCCUCGCAAAAAGUUGAGAGUUUGAGCCAAAAUCAGUGUCAAGGGAGGAAUAAUGUUAAUAGUGAAAAUAUUUCUAGUCAACAGGUUGUGACACCUCAAAACAUAAUAAAUAAUAAUAAUAGUAGCAAGAUAAGUAUUAACCCAGUGAGUAAUAAUAAUAAUAACGUUACAUCAAUUCAAAUCCAACAAAAUCAAAUCCAACCGAGCUCUUCGACGUCGAAAGGAUUAAUCUCAAAAAUUAAAAUCGAGAAAAGCGAGGCGGAGUUAAAUCAAGAGAGGAGGAAAAAAGCUGCCGAGCAGUUAGAGAAGCAAUUUAGUUUGGAUCAAACCUCGGUGCAAAAACCGGACAUUUCGCGCCCAUUUUCCAACAAAACCGACGCUUGCAAACGAUUAAUGGAUUACCACUGCUUUUCUCAGCCCCCAAUUUGCUCGAAAGACCUCGACGCAGCCGAUGAGUGUUUCGAAUUAACCGCUAAACAUUAUUUAAAUAAAUUCUCGAAGAUGAUUGAUAAAUAUCAAUGUUUAAGGAUUAAAGAAAGCAUGAGAGAAGUUCCAACUUCCGAAUUAAUGAUGUUAGAUCGUUUAUUUGUGAUGGAGGAGCAACAAUCGUUGAUUAAAUUGCGUCAAGAUGUCCAAGAAAACCCCCCGACUCUAUCUCAAUUAACCCCAUCGAUCGAGGUGACCCCUCCGAGUCAAGAAGAUUCGAAUCAAGAGGAGUACGACGAAUGGGCUUGCAUACAAAAAGAAUUGAGCUCGUUGCAGCCCCAAUCGACCCCUCAAAUCUCAUCAGAAUCUAAAGAUAACUUAAAAAGGAAUCGGGAGAAGCACGAAAAUGACUCGAUGAGAUUGGAGUGUUUGAAAAAAUUUCGCGUUGAGAAGAAACGAAGUGUUUCGCCGAAUAAUCAGGGGGAACAUUUUCGGCAACAAUUUCAACAUCAUCAGGUUAUGUUUCAGCAGCAAAAUCAGAGUGGUAACGUUUUUAGUGAGAAAGUGUUUAAUGGAUCAUCGACUGGCUCGACGAGAUCCACUUCGAGUACUAAUUCGAGUUUGGGUGGCCCCUCGGGGACGGAUAAUAUCAUCGAUGAACAGGUUCAGAGUGCGAUCGAUUCGAUAUUGAACUUGCAACAAUCGUCGUUAGACCUGGACGAUGUAAAUAGUAUAUUAUCGUGACGAUUCGUAUAAGAUUAUUUUUUUUGUCUCCUUUAAUGAAAUAUAAAAUCUCUUUUUUAA